CAUUACGUAUGCGAAAGCCAACAGUCAACUAGUUCUUCUUAUUCCUGUAUAAAUUUCAUUAGCAUCCGUUCAUUUUCGAUAUCAUCUCCAACCUGCUGACGAUCCAACCUGGCCACCAUGAAGCCUUUAUCUCUUCAUUUUCUUGUUUCGCUCUCGUUCUGGGGGCUGGCCCGAGGAGAAAUCCUAAUUCCGGAGCCUGGUGGACCAUAUGCGGUCGGAUAUAAUACGAUGAAACUAGUAGACGAAUCGAGAAUCGAUCCCUACGAUCCCGGUCACGGCAAACGAAACGUCAUGAUGUCCCUAUUCUAUCCCGUGGCUCGAGAGGACUGCCAGCAGAUGUGUUCGAUCAACUACAUGCCCCCAAUCACAGCUACAUUUGAGGAUGGUUUUGCAGCUGAAUUAGGGUUAACACUUCCUAAUGGUACAUUCGCGUCGAUUAAUUGGCAAUCCUGUUGCAAAGUGUCUCAUAGAGGUAUCCAGGCCAUGGAAAAGUUUCCCGUUGUUCUGUUCUCUCCCGGUCUAGGCGGUUCCCGUCUCCUGUACAGCGCGAUGGCGCAAAAGUUGGCGAGCGCCGGCUACGCGGUGGCUACAAUGGACCAUACAUACGAAGGGGUAGUCGUGGAGUAUCCUGAUGGAAGCUACAUAGUGGGCUGGAAUCAAUCGUACCUGGAAUACCUCUUUGACCCGGCUUUCCCGGAGCGGGUGGAAUCGGUGCUUGAUAUUCGAGUGCAGGAUGCACAAUUCGUAUUGACUCAAUUAGGACAGCUUGCAGUUGUUAAGAGUCUCAUACCUGGAGCUACUUGCGCCUUUAAUAUCGGACACUCAGGAUUCUAUGGCCAUUCAUUCGGCGGUGCAACGGCGUUAGCAGCCCUGGCGAGAGACCAUCGCUUGAACGGCGGUCUUAACCUUGAUGGAUCGCAAUAUGGAGUCAAUCAAGACAUCCACCGACCGGCAAUGCUAUUCGGUCGAGAUGACCCUCAUUCUCACAAUCGCACAAACGACGCUACAUGGGCAGCAGUUUGGGACCAUAUGAAGGGUUGGCGAAGGGAACUGGGAUUGAGCCACUCACAACACACCACUUUUAUGGACGCUCCCUUGUUGAUCAAGAUGGCUGGACUACCUGACAGCGACGUAAUCAGGGGGAUUUUAGGAGAGCUAGACGGAGCGCGCGCAUUUGAAAUAAUCACGAAAUACGUUGAAGCGUUCAUGGAUUUCGCACUGAAGGGGAGACGUAGCGAACUAUUCUCAGGGCCCAGUAAAGCCUAUCCGGAGAUUCGUGUAUCCUAAAUUCAGAAAUACACACAGAGAGCCG